UGUUGAAUUACUUAGUUUAUUAUUCUCUGUCGAGUCCUGUAGGUGGCCUCAGAAGCUCGUUUGCGAACCACCAUAAAACUUCAAAAGAAGACAAAAAUGUUGAAUUAUCGCUUUGAUAAUACCAUAUAACGAUGAUUAAUUAUUAUAUUAGCAGGAAGGUCAACAAACUUGUUGAAAUUAGCUUUAAAGUAUCUGUUAAGUCUCAAUCAACUAGGCAAAUAAAUGAAAGCCUCUUCAAAUAUAAAGAACUAUGGAUUAGUUUCAGACCAUUCACGUGACAGUGGUGCAAUCGGUACAAACCACAAAAAUGUAAUUGUAUUUUAAUUUUAACAUUUACGUCCAGUGCAGUUCACGAUAAAAUAAAAACCUAGCCAAAUUAAUUGGUUUCAGUGCAUUGACAGCUAUAAAUGUUCAAGACAGUUAGACUAAAUGUAUAGUGCAGGGUUUGUGCAGGAAUUACAUCAUGGCGACAUUUGUCCUCUUAGUAACCUAACCCUAAAGCAAGCAACUUUACUCCGCCUUAGUACAAUAUUUUUCAGGAAUAUAAACAUCCUUGAUGAAGAAUCAAAAUAUUCAGAUUUACAGCUUCAUUCCAAGGAACCAAACGUCCAAAUAAGCAGCUGUUGGGUUUUGAACCAUCCAGCGACAGUACAUAUGAAAAAUAUGAUCACCUUCAAUAAACAGGAAUCACACAUGAAAGUGAUUUCAACCACAAUCGUUUUUAGCAUCAUCGUUCUUUUCAUGUUUCUCCAAAAUGCUGUGAUAUACAAUUCCCUGCAAACAUCUUAUGAUGAUGAUGGAGGAGGUCUGUGCGCUUGUGAUCAAUGUGUCAGAGAUCUGAAUGAUGAUGACUGGUUCUUUAUGCGCUACAACCCGACAAUUCCAACUAUGCUGAACAAAAAGAACAGCGUUUUGAAGAAAGAUGUCUAUAGAUGGUGGAAAGGUCUACAAAUUGACAGCUCUAAACAUGUGUACACGGAUUUGGUAGACACAUUAUUUGCUCUCUUCCCUGAUGAAGAACAUUAUUCGGACGCAAGUCUGGAUCGCUGCAGAACCUGUGCCGUGGUCGGAAACUCUGGGAAUCUUCUGAAAUCCCAAUAUGGUGAACUGAUAGACAGCCAUGACUUUGUGAUAAGGAUAAACAAGGGUCCAACGAAAGGUUAUGAGCGGGACGUGGGGUCUAAGACUACCCACAGGAUUAUCUACCCUGAAAGCGCUGUGGACAUUGAUGAGUCCACCAAUCUGAUUCUUGUGCCCUUUAAGAUCCUUGAUCUGCGCUGGCUCAUCAGCAUCUUCACCACUAAACACAUCACAAGCACGUACACUGAUGUGAAAGGUUCUCUAAAUGCUGACAUGGACAGGGUGAUGAUUGUCCAUCCAGCAUUCAUUAAAUACGUUUAUGACAACUGGUCACAAAGGCAUGGGAGAUAUCCAUCUACAGGCUUCAUAACUCUAAUACUGGCCCUUCACAUAUGUGAUGAGGUUAACGUUUUUGGCUUUGGAGCUAGAAGUGAUGGAAACUGGCAUCAUUAUUUCGACAGCACUUUGGCUCACUUUUCCAGAGGUAGCCAUGGUGGAGACUUUGAAAAUAUAACCAUGAAUGAGCUUCAGCUGAGAAAAAAGAUUUUCAAGUAUAAAGGGUUAUAAAAUAUAUUGUCAAAUUUAAAUAAAAUAAAAAAUAAAAAAAUUGGGGGGGAGGGGAAAUGUUUGCUCCAUGUUUCAACACAAACCCAUACCACUGUUGUUGCAUAAAUAUUGUCCCAAAAUUUAUAUGUCCUAUUUUCUAUUAAAUAUAUUUAUAUAUUUAUACAUAAAUGUCAUUAUUAUUAAGAACAGUAAGAAAACAUUGAAUAUUGAAAAAUAUAGACACUUAGGUUGGAGCUGUGUUUGGUGCACAGACCUGUUGUCAUCACUGCUGGCACUUUAUGAAGAGUAUUGUAUACUCAGGUAAGAAUAUAGGUGAAGUUAAACUCAUAAUAAUCAUUUUUAUUAGCCUAUUAAUGUGUUAAUCGUUAACAAGUCAACACUCUGUGACGGAUAAGUAUGUACAGUACACACAAACACAGUAUACAUACAUUGUCUAUUUGAGUUCUUGAGUAAUUGGCCAUUGUGUGUGUUUCUGUAUGAUUCUUUGCCUGUCUGUGGGUUUCUGUAAUAUUGUUUUUGUCUGCAUGUGUGGGUGCGUAAACAUUCAGUAAUCCAACUGUUAAACAAACAUCAAAAACCUGUAUGUGUGUGUAUAAACAAACAGCGGCGAAAAAAUGAAGAGACCGUCUUUAUGAUUUUAAAAUGUACUAAAAAUAAGUCAUGUGUGUAGACAAAAUACAAUUUUUGUUUCAUUCUGUGAACUACAGUCAAUAUUUCUCCCAAAUUUAAAUAAAAUUAUUGCUAAUA